AUGGUGACCAAGGGAGUUGGAGCGGGAGGGAGUGGGGGUGGCGACGACGCAUGGGCUAGGGCAGGGGACGAGAACGGGAACGGGAGUGGCAACGGGAAGAAGGCGGAGAACAACCGCCGCCGGGAGCGCCGUCGCCGGGCGAUCGUGUCGAGGAUCGUCGCGGACGGCGGCACCACCUACCGCAAGGGACCCAAGCCUCCGGCAGGUGAUGAUCAGCAUAUGGCCGACGUUGGCGGGUCGUCUGCUCCGGUGAACCCACCAGGCGGAGCUUCCAACAGUCUGACCCGGCCGUCGUCACCCUCCGGCAUCGCGCUCGGCGGCGGGGGCAGCGGCGGAGCCGACCCCGUUCCGGCGUGGCUCAAGAACCUGUCCAAGCAGCUCAGCGACAACUCGUACCCCAACUUCUUCGCGAGCUCCUCCAACUCCAAGGCGCCGGACGGCUCCCCGCCCUCGUCCCCGCCGCGCCUCCGCAAGAAGGCGCGCUACUCCUCCCCGCCACCCGCCACCCCACCACCGAGCCCGACGAGGGACCCCAACAACGACGUGCUGCCGCCUUCGUGGUCCACCACCACGCCGCUGAUGAUGAGCCGGCCUGUCCCCGACCCGGUGACCCUGCUGGCGGCCAACAAGGCACCGGCCUUCGUGGCGUCCGGCCGCGGUGGCGCGCUUUUGUCCCCUCUCGGGUUCUAUUUCCGCAGGAGCAGCGGGGAGCAGGCGGCGGCGGGUGCGAGGGAGGAGGAGGUGAUCAUGACUGAGAAGAACCCCGACGAGGAGGAGGGCCUGGAGCUCACCCUGGGGAACGCGGAGACCCGCAAGGACCGCGCUUGA